AUGAAGAAUCGAUAUCACGGCCGAGACAACAGGGAAUUGGAUCAUUUUCAGUGCAAGGAGGAAAUAAUUUACGGUGAAUACAAGACGGAACCACGUCACGAUGAGAACAGUGCGGAACCAAACAACAGCGCGAAUGAUCUAGAAGUACGUCACGAGGACAUUGCGAAACCUUCGAGUGCGAACUUGUACCAUUGCAGUACCUGCGGCAAGCCCUACAGGACCCGAGCGUCAUUGAAUUACCAUCGAAGGGUGGAGUGCAAAAAGGAGCCUAGGUUUGCGUGCACUUUCUGUACUUACAAGUCCACAAGAAGCAGCAAUCUGCGUAGGCAUAUGUUGCUGCAUUGUCACGUCAUGGAACCUCAUGUGUGCGAGUGA